ACCGAAAACUAAUAAAAUCGAAUCGAAUCUAUCUAUAUAAGGCUGCAAGAAAACAAAGCAAUGCACGGCACCAGCUGGUUCAAAUUCCCUCUCAAAUAACAGCAGUUAACUUCUUGCGAUCCAAAUUCUAAUCCCACACAGACCACACUGCCUUCCUUCUCCCCUAUAAUUCCAUCUCCGGCCACCCCCACUGUUCUCCUCCGUCCCUCCGUUUUCUUCAUUCAUAUCUGAGGUCCAUAGUCAUGAAUGACGUCGACACUAAGCCCUUGCUUUCUUCCAAGCUUUCCAAUUACACUGAUGCCGCCAAUAGCCACCAGCGCCGGCGCCGAGCAUCAGCUAAUGCCUCCUCCGGGCGCCCAUCCCCCGGCAGGGCUCAGUCUUUCAGCCGAGAUCUCGGGCACGCCGCCGCAGAGACUUAUCUCGUCACCCGGCUCACCUUCACCCUCCUCCGAUAUCUAGGGGUAGGGUACCGAUGGAUGACAAGAUUAGCUGCUCUUGGUUGUUAUGCCUUGCUACUUAUGCCCGGUUUUCUUCAAGUGGCAUAUUAUUAUUUCUUCUCAAGCCAGGUCAGGAGAAGUAUUGUUUAUGGAGAGCAACCAAGAAAUAGGUUGGAUCUAUAUUUACCUGCAAAUAGUGAUGAACCCAAGCCAGUUGUCAUAUUUGUAACUGGUGGAGCUUGGAUUAUUGGGUACAAAGCGUGGGGUUCUCUUUUAGGACAGCAAUUAGCAGAACGAGACAUAAUAGUGGCAUGCAUUGACUACAGAAAUUUUCCUCAGGGAACUAUUAGUGACAUGGUGAAAGAUGCUUCUCAGGGCAUCUCAUUCAUCUGCAACCACAUAGCUGAAUGGGGGGGUGACCCUAACAGGAUAUAUUUAAUGGGGCAAUCGGCUGGUGCGCACAUUUCUGCUUGUGCUCUCUUGGAGCAAGCAAUCAAUGAAUCUGAAUAUGGGAAAAGAGAGAGUAUUUCUUGGAGUGUCUCUCAAAUAAAAACUUAUUUUGGAUUAUCUGGAGGGUACAAUUUACUCAAUUUAGUCGAUCAUUUUCAUAACCGAGGCCUCUAUCGCUCCAUUUUCUUAAGCAUUAUGGAAGGUGAACAGUCUCUGCGAGAAUUUUCUCCUGAACUUAAAAUACAGGACUCAAGCAUUAGGGAUGCUGUUUCUCACCUGCCUCAUUUUAUUCUUUUUCAUGGAACCUCAGAUUAUUCCAUUCCAGCAGACGCCAGUAUAACUUUUGUAGAUGCUCUUCAGAGGGCAGGAGUCCAAGCAAAGCUAGUCCUGUUUGAAGGAAAAACGCAUACAGAUUUGUUUCUUCAUGAUCCUUUGCGAGGCGGGAAAGAUGAACUGUUUGACCAGGUAGUUGCUGUGAUACAUGCUGGUGAUAAGGAAGCUCUUUCUAAGGAUGCUAUGGCCCCUCCAAGAAGACGCCUUGUGCCCGAGUUUUUAUUACAGCUGGCUCGCAAGAUCAGCCCCUUCUAGACCUUAUGGUUAUCCAAGUUUAUCACUACCAUUCCAUGUUCUUGCCUUUAUUGCUUAGACCAUUGUCUAUUCUUUUAUUCUUUGGGGAGAUAUUUUGGUAUUCCUUUUUCUUUUUUAAUGAUAAUUUCCAAUUUAUUGA